GUGAGAAACGAUUGAAUUUUCAGCGUGUCACUGCAAUCGAUCUUACAGCUGCGGAGAAUCUGGACCUCGCUCAAGUGACCAUAAGGAUCGUCAGUGAACUGUUGCUUGCGAUGCUGUUUCUCUCUAGUCAGAGCAAUGGACGUGUUUGUAUUAUCUGCACAGCUUGGCUUUGAAGUAUUUUGGAGUGUUUGUUUUCUGUGAGACAGACGUCCUGGAUGGAGGACAGGAGGGAGGAAUUAAACGCAUGGAGGAAAAUAAUGAGUAAAGGGAGAGAGUAAAGCAGUAGGCUCAGAGUGAGUGGAGAGGCUGUGAGAGGAUUCAGGAUGACGAUGAAAGGCUUGUCCUCCAGUCGCAGUCACCACCACACACUCACACACUGCGACCCCUCCUAUGACUCUCUGACCCUCCGCCAUGACCGACACCCCUGCGUGUUCAGCGCCGCCCCCUCAAAUGACCACCCCUACUACAGGUGCCAGUCUGACCUGGCCAGCAGUACGUUUCCGAGGCGACAUCACUCGAAUCACGAACUGAAGGACGAAAGCGCAAAAGUCCCCUAUGUUGGACCAGGGGGCGUGGCUGGGGGGAGUGGGUGUGGCCCAUGUAGCUCAUCCGGCAUACCCCCGUCGUUGCUGGAAAGGUUCGACCAGCAGCAACCAAUGAGGAAAGAUGGCUAUCACACAUUGCAAUACAAACGCACAGCAGCACUUGAGCACCAACGCAGUGACAGUCCUGGGCGUAUACGUCACCUCGUUCACUCCGUCCAAAAGCUGUUCACCAAGUCUCAUUCCCUGGAAGGUCCCAGCCAACGCACCCUCAACGGCAACGACCCCGUCAUCCCAGCCGACGCUAUGGCAACUGCUGCUUCCCACCCUAACGUCUCCACAUCUACCAUUGGCACCCUCCACAAGACUUCGAGCAACAAACGGGGCAAGAGCAAGGAAAGGAGUCGCUCCGAGCCCAAACCCCCAGCGCGCACACCCGGCUCAGGUUACUGGAGCUCGGACGACACUUUGGACAGAGCGAUCUGCCUGUACCACCAGCAUCAACCUUCUGGAGUUAUGACCAUGGGUCGCCGUCCCGACAAAUCCCAGUCUCACUAUUUCCUAGGCCAGAGCUACAACACGCUAGGAGGUGGUCGCUCAUCUCUGAAAACCUCACGCAGCAACAACGAUGUUGGAAGCUGCUCCACGUGCUCCAACACACCAGGAGGCACCCUGGCUAUAUGUGGGCCAACGCUGGUCGACCAGGCCGGACCACUGGUCAAGAAAAGCUCCUGGUCAAGCACGUUGACGGUCAGCAGGGCCCGAGAGGUGUACCAAAAGGCCACUGUCAAUAUAGAUAGAGCCCUACUGAAAGCACAGUCCUGCCAGCAAGGACGAACCUGCCAGUUUUUACAGGUUCCUCAGGAUGAGUGGAGCGGCUUGUCAUCCGGAGGUCAGGAUGAUGAGAUCCCGUGCAGACGCAUGCGAAGCGGCAGCUAUAUAAAGGCGAUGGCAGACGAAGACAGCGGAGACUCGGACUGCAGCCCUAAACCGUCGCCUAAAGUCCAGGCCCGAAGAGCAAGCUACCUGAAAGCCACCCAGCCCUCCCUCACCGAGAUGACCACACUCAAGAUCAGUACGGAUUCGCACUCCCCCAAGCUUCAGAUCCGGAGUCACAGCUACUUGCGAGCGGUGAGUGAGGUUUCAAUCAACCGCAGUUUGGACAGUCUGGACCCGGCCGGCCUGCUGGCCUCGCCUAAAUUUCGCUCCCGAAAUGAGAGCUACAUGAGGGCCAUGAGCACCAUCAGUCAGGUAAGCGAGGUGGAAGUGAACGGGCAGAUCGAGGCCGUGUGUGAGAGUGUGUUCAGUGAGAUGGAGUCUCAGGCCAUGGACGCUCUUGACCUGCCUUUGUCCGGAUGCUUCCGUAUGAGGAGCCACAGUUACGUGAGGGCCAUCGAGAAGGGCUGUUCGCAGGAGGAAGAAGACGAGAGGACGUCACGUCAGGCCAUCACACCACCCAGAACCGCAACCACUGUCAGAACCAUCCAGAGCAGCACAGUAUCAUCAUGUAUAACCACCUACAAGAAAACCCCGCCCCCAGUCCCUCCCAGGUCAACACCCACCAGGCCGUACAUCUCUAUAACAGCUCAGAGUAGCACAGAAUCUGCCCAGGAUGCCUACAAUGAGCUGACCUGUUCCAGCCCUGCUAACCGGGCCUUAGUGGCGGCCCAGUCUGGCCUCAGUAACUCCACAGAGAGCAUUGAUAGCAUGAAGGCCCUGACGGCAGCCAUUGAGGCAGCGAACGCUCAAGUCCACGGCCCGGCCAGCCAACACGUGACCAACAGCACCAUAACCAUCACCACAGCCACCGCCACCACUAGCGUAACACACAUCUCGCAGGACGCUAAGAGAGACGCCCUCAGGAAGUGCCUGUCUAUAGGAAUACAGGUGGACGGCCCCGAGGAAGAUACCCAAUCAGAAGUGCUUUGCAAGUUUCAGUCAGUCGGUAUUCAAGUAGAGGAGGAGAAAUGCCAUCGCAGAGUCACACGCUCCAACAGCGUAACAACUGCCGUUCAAGCUGAUCUUGACCUUCCAGAGGACAUCAGCGAUGAACAGUUCAUACAGACCCAACAUGGGCUCGUCAUCCGCCAGUCGUCUCUAGAUGCAGCCACCUCCACGGUCAGCAUCCAGGGCUCUGGAAACCACUACCACGCCUGUACCCAAGAUGACUACUCCGAUGUGGACUUUGACCCCUCCAUCCUACCACCACCGGUCCCAUGGAUGGAUGGAGCGACGGAGGAGGAAUACGGGUGCGGAGUGACAGUGUCCGUGUGUCCGCAGGACGGACGCUGGUUUCUGAAGCUGCUGCAAGCAGAGAUGGAGAGGAUGGAGGGGUGGUGCCGACAAAUGGAGCAAGAAGAGCGAAAGAACGAGUUACCGGAAGAGAUCCUAGGCAAGAUUCGUAGCGCGGUUGGCAGCGCUCAGCUGCUAAUGUCACAGAAAUUCCAGCAGUUCCGGGAGCUCUGUGAAGAAAACUUGAACCCAAACUCCCACCCGCGGCCCGUGUCUCAGGAUCUGGCUGGAUUCUGGGAUAUGCUGCAGCUGUCGAUUGAGAACAUCAGUCUGAAGUUUGAUGAGCUGCACCAGCUGAAAGCCAACAACUGGAGACUUCUGGAUCCUCCUGAGAGAAAGGAGAAGCGCGUACCCCCUCCGGUGCCAAGGAAGCCGGGUAAGCGUCCCGUGCUGCUAGUGCGAGACCGAUCUCUGGAGGGAUCCCAGCGUCUGGAGGCACGCAAACGACUUUUAGCGGCUAAACGUGCCGCUGCCUCUCAACGCCAGAACUCUGCCACAGAAUGUGCUGAUAGUAUUGAGAUCUACAUCCCAGAAGCCCAGACAAGAUUAUAAACACACACAUAAACAGGUGCUUUAAAGCCUAAGUAGACAUCAACACGCACAUACACACUCAUCAUCAAACUUAACACAACACAAAAGCACUGAAUGACAAAGACUAAGGCAGGGUAGCUGUAAUAUAAUCACUCUUCUUUUCUAGUGUAAAGGAGAGUUUUUUCACUGUGGGGUUAUACUGUAUGUAUUUAGGAUUUCAUUUUACUCUCGUCCUGCCAUCCGCGAUGUAGCUCCCUCUCCCAAAGACUUUGAUAUUUCUAUUAGACGCGAUUAUAUUUAAUUAUUAAAAAAACAAUAUAUAUUCAUGCCUAAAACACAACCUAUUGCGUCUAUUAUUAUUACUACCCAGAAAAUGCACAUUACUGAGUUAGUACGUAAGUUAUUGAUCUGAUCUUGUCAUAACUUUGUGGUUAUUGUGUAAGAGCCAUAUGUCUGGUGUUCUCCCAGAGGACAGAAAUAUUUAAAGGGCAACAUACAAAUCUUUUCUUGAGAUUUUCACACUGAUGUAGCUGUGAUUGUUGCUUGUGUGUGUCAGGUUUUCUGUAUGUACACUCUCUCACGUGUCAUCCUGCACCUCUGAGACUGGGCGAGGUUGUUCUGUUCUCUAUAUCAUGGAACAUAAUAGCAAAACCACGUCUUCCCUUCUUUCUUCUCAUAUUUUUCGACCUCCCACUCAAUUAUCAUCUCCUGUUCUCUUAAAUCGUGCUUUAUUCCUUCCUUGUGGGUUCUUUUUGACUCGCACCCCAUUUCCUGUCCAGCUCCUGUGUCUUCAGCACUUUCACUCACCUGUUAGACUGACUUAUAAAAGACGUCUGUCAUAUGUGAUUGAUUUGACGUUCACAUCACUGACGGUUAUGCUGUAUGGAAAACGCCGCUCUUCACAGCAGUGAUUCAAUAGACAUUCAUAACUUAGCAAUGUCACGUUAUGAAUCAUUACGUAUUGCUGGUCAGGGAUUCAGUUCGGCAUUUAGGCCCUGUUCGCCCUGACAGUGACUUCUAGCAGCAGGAGUUACACUUUUUUGGGGAGUAAAGUUUUGUUUUACUUAUAGCAGCAAAUGUUCCACCGACCGUUCCAGAGAAAAGUUUUCUAGACAAAAGUUUGACUUUAUGCAAAUGAGCAGUGACAAUGUAGCAACAAUGCUAUGCUACCAGUAUAGGUGAAAAUAGUGUUCACUCUUCUAAAAUCACAGUGGCCAAGUGAUGUCUGGAGGAGAUAUUUGCAUAUUUGGUUCGAGUAUAGCGUUAAAACAUUAUUGCUUGGUUUCACAGACACAGCCAAGCUUAAACCAUGCCUUAGUUAAAUUAAGAUAUUAUGUCGCUUUUAUAAAAAUGACUUAGAAGAAUACAUUACUGGUGUACAUCUCAAGACAAAACAAUGGGACUGAAAUAUUUGAAUAUAUUUCUAGGCAAGUUAUAUUCAGUUAAGACAGGUCACACAUUCAUUUUAGUCUGGGACUAGCCUUAAGGCUUGUCUGUGAAACCCGGCCUAGGAUUAUGAGAAUGUACAAAGAAAUGUUACUGAGGGCAAUUUCAAUGUUCUAUAUGGUUCGUCUCACACAUAUUGUAUAAAAUAAUUAUUGCAUGAAAAAUCAUGUCCGACAUAAUAAUUGAUAAUCAUUGUUUGUGGUUUAUAUACACUUUCAACUUCAGAAUCCCACUUAAAAAGUGCACAAAGGAUACUUUAUUUACAGUAUGUAGACUUCCAUGAGUGCCCUAUUGACACACAUUACUUUUGCACUUAAUAUACUAAAAUUUUCAAAAUUAACUUUUUCAUUCACAAUGUCCAAAAAUAGCACAGCUGACUACACUUUAGUUUAUUUUAAUAAUAGAUUUUAUGUGUUGUCGUGCACUUUUUUUACCUGGGAUGUUUAGAUUAUACUGCAAGAAAACUUGACAUUUAAUAGAAUGACUUAAAGGUGCUUUAUGUUAUUUUUCUGAGGAUCUAUUGACAGAAAUGCAAUAUAAUAUACAGAACUAUGUCUUCAGAGACCUUACAUAAUGAAGCGUUAUGUUUUUAUUACCUUAGAAUGAGAUAUUUCUAUCUACAUUCACCAUGUUGUUCCUACAGUAGCCCUAAACAGACAAACUGCUCUACAGAGUGAGUUUCCUGAAUACGUUAUCUCCUUCGACAAAGUGAAAAGGACACAUCUGUCAUGUGAGAUCCGCCGGUGCUCUGAAAGUGAGCCGUUGGUUGCAAUUCGCAACCUCACCACUAGAUGCCGCUAAAAUCUCCACAUUACUCCUUUGACAUUCUUUUCAGUCAUACCUCACAUUUCUGCUUGUGAUCAAAUUUUUUAAAUUAAGGCCAGUUACACAGCUCAUCAAUGUUAAUGUUAGGGUCACAGUGACAAGAAACACCUGUAGGAGAUCAACAAUACAGCGACCUGUCAGUGUAGACAGGGUUUUACACUGUGUUCUAACCAGACAUGAAACGAUGAAUUGACAAGCAGUACAAAAUGAUCUUUUCUAGGUAAAUCUUUUUGGAGUUCUUGUAAAAACCACCUGUGACAGAAUAGUACAGAAUUUUGUCGAUCACUUGUUGUCGUUUUUCCUGUGGUGCUGUGUAGCUGUGAAUUUCAUUACAAAUGCCUUCUGAUUGGCUAGAAUGACAUCACAGUCAUUUUACACAGAGUGUGGACAGAUAAAUCACUUUUCAUUGAAAACUUGUUGCAUCACGUUUCGUUGGGAGACACAGUUAUGUUAUUGUUGGCAGUUAAGACAACAAUUUUUUUGAAGUAUAAAAGUAUUGUGUAAAUAUUUAAAAGAGAAUUUAAUAUUUAAAGAUUUAAAGCGUUUCUAUUUGCUGAUAGCUUCGGACUACAUUUGUUCAUACUGUAUGUUUGUUUAUUUGUUUGUUUGAAUUGAUAUAACGAGAAAUGCCAGUAUUUUGUAAUGGAUAUGGUUAGAAGGGUUGUAGAGAUAUUCAAGACCUGAUAAAACAAAGCCAGACUUGGAGACUUCCAUCUGCUUCUUCACCAUGCCAUUGCUUUUCAUUUCAUUAAUUAUUCUCAUCAUUAUAAAUGCACACAGAAAUAGUUUAAAAUUCCAGAGAUAUUUAUUCAUAUUGUAUUUAAGAUCAUGAGCUUUAGCAUGAUAGCCUCUUUGUUCUUGGCCAUGUCAGUCAAGUAUGUGUACGCGUGUGUCUGUAUUUCCAUAUCUAAGUGCAUGUACCCAAGUGCUUCCUAAUAUUUCUAAAUCUAUUUUUUAUUUCAACAGAAAUGUAGCACAGAUUCUUUAAGAUAUAGAUGAACAUAUUUCCUUUCAUCAUUUAUUUAUUAUUAGGUUAAUAUUACUGCAGCCCUGCGGAGAUGGUGCAGGUAGACACAUGUAUCAAAGCAGAGCACAUACCAUCAGAUUCAUUCAUUUUUCUAUUUAUGGAGUCCUAUUUUAACUGUUGAAUGUCCAUGUCAUACUAUCGUGCUGCUCUCGUGUUAUUGAUUUGUAAACAAAGCUGCAUCGUUGUUGCACUCCAGUCGUCAAUGGCGCUAACAAGUUACUCAAUACUUGCUAGUGAAACCUAACCGCGCUGUCUCAUUUUUUUCAAUAACUGAUAAUACGUAUUUGCACUUGUUAAAUAUGUUAAAUAAACAGAUCUAUUCUCUCUUUUUUCAAAAAUAUUCAAGAUGUUUCACUGUGGAUAGACACAUGACUUUAAAUAUAUGAAUAUAUAAUACCCAGCAGCCAAUGUGCAGCCACUAUCUAUUUUCAUAUACAGAUGUGUUUCAUUGGCUUUAGUUAAAUCCUUGUUGGUAUAUUUGUAUUAUUAACUAAACUCUUAGUUCCAGUUAUUAUGCACUAGAGAGCCCUUACUGUGUUAAGUGUUUGUUUUUAUAUAUUAUUGAUGUUUAAACGCUCGGCCUUAAUUUAUGAAUAUAUGAUAGUCAUGCACAACGUAGCCUCAGGGGAGACUAUAUAACGUGUGUAUGGAUGUGUGUUUGUGGAUGAAGAGAUGAAGCAUCCAAUUCUGACAAAAUACUCAUGCAUAUUGAGAUUUAUUUUUACUGCAUUACUUUUUUGAGUACAUUUACACUCCAAAAUUAACAUCAGAAUAACACCUUUUGAUUUCAUUUCAAUUACAGUUUUAACAUUAAAGAAGUGACCCCCCUGAAAAAUGUCCCAAAUUUUUUUUUAUAUUGAAUGUGGACAGUCAAAGACUAACAUGAAACGUCCAUGUUUUUGUAUAAUGAUGGGAAUAGAUUACAUUGGAUAUAUAUGGAUAAAUAUGAAUUUGGGUUGGUGAAUUAUGAAUUGGUUGUUUUUCAUUUGAAAUAUAUAUUUCCAUAUCUGUCCUUUUUUAGUAUUUAAAUGUUUAUUUGACAUUACAGAGAUAUUUUAUGAGACUACUAAAAACUUUUGCUAAAAGAGAUCACAAACUUGCCAUUUUCUUGAUUGUUGUCAUUCACUGUUGUAAAUUUAUAGGAUUAUAUUUGGCAAAACAAUCGCUCCUGACGUUUUAGGGUUCGAACUCCUAAAACAGAAGUAAAUUCGAUUUUUGCCAAACUAUGGACUGAACACCCACCCACAGAGAAGUUGGGGUAAUGAAGGCAGGUUACUAUGUAUUUACUGUUCUUGUAAAAGCAUAAACUUUCAUAAAAUGACUGUGUGUGUAAAUACAUGAAUGUUCUUCAUUGUAAAUGUAACCUACAUCUAAUGAUAUAUUACUACUUACAUUUUGUAUUUAUUGUAACAACACUGUUGAUGUUAUGGCACGUGUAUGAAAUUUUGAUCAUUAAAAAGUUA